AUGUCUCAGCAAGUCGAUUUCCUCGUUGCUUUCGCGACCGUUGUCGGAGGGGUCGAAGCAAUACGGCAGGUCCAAGCGAAGGCGAGAAGACAGGAGCAUCGGAGCAGAAAGAACAACCUCGUGGUGCACUGUCCCAAGUCGUCACAAUAUAGUGCGAAGAUUGAAGGAAAACAUGUGGUCCUCUCAGGAGGCAAGCUGUAUGUCGACACGGGAACGGAACACAAUAUUCCCUUUGGGCACCCUUUUGCUGGGUAUUAUCUGCCGUUUCCCGGAGCUCAGUUCGAUGGCCUGGUUUCGACCAUUCAUGACGACCCUCCGAUCAUGAACUGGAUAUGUGUCAACAGGCAGACAUACGAAGUCCAAUACGGGGAGCGUUCGUUUGCAGAACAAAAUUUCAAAGGUCCUUUCGAUGUCACGAGACAGGAUCGUAGGUUAACAAUGGGCGGCUGGGAGGGUUUUGUGGCUGUGCUAGAAGGGGAUUUCUUUGCCCUUUACUUUGACCUUGACGAUGAUCGAUUGAAGUCGAAGGUGGCCCAAGGGACUCCAGUGAUCGAGGUUGAGCUGCAAAGAAUCGAGAUGAGAGCAGCCAAGCCUGCAGCUGCAAAGGAAAUGGCUAAUGGGCAUUCUGAACGGGCAAACUCGGCCUCAGACGAGGACAGCGGAGUCGGCACCAAGCUGGAGUCCCCUGAGGUCGACUGAGGAUUCAUUAUGGAUAGACCAUUGCCGAUCUUUUAUCUUAAAGAUGCAACUACUUGGUCUACACGG